AUGCACCAGAGAGCCGCUGGGUUCAAGUCGGCACCAGCGUCAAUUGAUGAUUUUUUCAAGCAGACAACAAUUGGCAAAAGCAUCAGAAAGGGGGAGGAGGCAGAACAAAUGAGAAUCGAGAAGCUUAUAGACAUUGCAUAUGUUGUUUGUAAGACGGAAAAACCCUUCACACUCUUUCCAUACAUCUGCAAACUUGAGAUUCGCCAUGGAGUGGAACUGGGGACAAGCUACCACACUGAAAAGAAGUGCGCAGAAUUUGCAUCUUGUGUAGCUGAGGUCCUGAAAGAAGAUUUGAUGAAUGAUCUCAAAGACACCCCCAAGUACUUAACCAUCUUCAUUGAUGGAAGUACUGACGUUUCGACAACAGAGCGGGAGCUGAUGUACAUUCUGUAUAUCCAUGAGGGAGUACCAACCGUGAAGUUCCUGAAGCUUGAACAUCUUGCAUCUGCAAAUGCCAGCAGCAUUGUUGCAGCCAUCAAGUCUGUCAUGGGGCACUUUAACUUAUCCAAUCAUGGUUUAGUUGCCUUUGUCAGUGAUGGAGCAUCAGUGAACUUUGGACGCAACUCAGGUGUUGUCACCCGCCUUCGUCAAGAGUAUCCAGACCUCUUAGGUAUCCAUUGCAUGAACCACCGCCUGGAAUUAGCUGCCAAGGAUGCUUUUAAGGGAACCAGUAUGGAAGAAGUCAUUACUAUGUUGAACUCCUUGUAUGCCCUCUACUCAAGAAGUCCAAAACGUAUGGGAAAACUUGAAGAGUUGGCCAAAAUUAUGAAAGAAGAUUUGCUGAAGCCAGUGAAAGCUAAUGGAACCAGAUGGGUACAUUUCAAGAGCAGAGCAGUGGCAGCCCUCAUCAAGUCAUAUGCUGUGAUAAUUGCCUCUCUUGAGAAUGAAGUAGCCAGUAAUGAGCCAGCUGCAGAGAUGGCGAAACUGAAGGGCUAUCUCAACAAGCUGAAGUCUGUUCGUUUUGUAUUUCAUUUGCUGUUGCUUAAGUCAUUGAUCACUCCCCUGGCAAACCUGUCACUUGCUCUGCAGAAGGAUAUUACACACUUUAAUGUGGCCCUGACCUACCUGACAACCUUCUACCAAAGGAUCAAUGAUCUCCUCUCUGCUCUCAGAGCUCUGCUAGAACCUGAGGAUCAUGAGGAUGUUAUCUCUACAGAUGUGGAUGAAGAUGGUCGAAGUCUGAAUGAGAGUGAUGAUGAGCCAGCAGCAAAGAGACCAGCUCUGACCAAAGACUAUAUGGUGGCAGAUUUCCAAAAGAUUCUGCAUGAUCUUAUGGAAACGGACAGUGGAGUGAGCUUCAAGGAUGUUCAACUCAAAGGUCAAGCACUAUCAGCAUCCGACGUUGACACCAUAUCAACACCUCUAAUCACUAACGUGAAAAAAAGCGUCCACAUAAGGCUUGGCAAAUGUCACGAAGAGGCACAGUAUGCAAGUCUCAAGAUUCUAGAUACUCGAGCAUGGCCAACUGAUCGUGAGGCUCUUGUUAGAUUUGGAAGACCUUUGGUGCAGUCUUUCAUUGAUCACUUUGGACAACUGGUCACCCAACAAGCAUCGAAUGCCAUCGUGGAGCGGGGCUUCUCUGCCAUGAACAGGGUUAAGAGUGAUUACAGAAACAAGCUGGCAACUGACACCCUAGAUGAACUUAUGCGUAUCACACUGAGUGGCCCCCCAGAGCAUAUUUUUGAUUCAUCAAGUGCGGCAACCUGUUUCCUCAAUAGAUGCAGUCGGCGCCCAGGUCAAGCAGAUUAG